AUGCCACUCGCCAACUUUGGCACCCUAGUUCUCCACCAUCUCGUCUUCGUCGCGCAUUUGGUUUAUUUCCAUAUUGCUUUCUCGCAUAUGGAACCCAGUGCCCUCGUGGCUCUAUAUUGCGUCUCCAAGCUACUCGCCCGUCGCGCCGACGACAUUGAUGGUCCUCCUCCAGAAUGGCCCCCGCCAGUGAUCCAAUGCUUGAACCAUGUCAUCGCAACAGCCGACAAGGGUCCCGGAAACCAAAAAGUUGGCAUUCGGGAUCGCAUCGCCUGCUAUCAAUGGACAUAUUUCACUAUGACCAUGUCGACUGGAGGCGUUGCAAAUAUUCUUUACUCAUUGAAGUGGGAAGCACCUUGGCUGCGUGGCAUUGGCCUCUUCUUCUUUUUUCUUAAUCUUGUCCUUUUUGUAAUGAAUUGUAUUCUUAUAUGUACAAGAUUCCAUCUGAGGCCUGGGAGUUUCGUAAACUCCUUCACAGACCAAGUUGAAUCGCUCUUUAUAUCAGCUUCUUUGGUCUCUAUUGCUGUCAUAUUAAUCAACACCUGCCAAUAUGGUAUCCCGUACACCGGCGUAUGGCUAGUCCACACUAUGGAGUGUGUCUUUUGGGUUUACGCUGCCCUCAGCGUCUCUCUCAGCGCAUUCCUAUAUCUUAUAUUAUGGUCAACUCUAAUCUUCCCCGUCCAUACCAUGACACCAACCUGGGUCUUCCCAGCGUACCCUCUGUUACUUAAUGCCCCCUUCGCAGCAAAUCUCAUCGCGGCUGCAGAUUCAGCUGGGCACAAACUAUCAACCAACACUGUCGCAAUGGCACUUGGGGCCACUGCUAUUCAAGGAACCGGUUGUCUGAUCGCUUUUAUGAUAUCGUCGGCCUUCAUAUACCGCCUCAUGACGCAGAAGCUUCCGCGGGAUAUGCAGAGACCUGGUAUCUUCAUGUCUAUCGGUCCCUACGGCUUUACCGCUGCUGGUAUAGCCCAACUCGGCAGCCAAGCAGACUUGGUAAUACCCCCAAACUUUCUUGACAACCCUCAGUUUGCCGCUAUCAUUAAAGUCAUCAGCAUUCUCGUCAGCCUCUGGCUCUGGGGCCUCGCCAUGUGGUUCUUCAUUGUUUGUGUCGGCGCAUUGUGGAAAUAUUCUCUUUCAGGUCAUCAUCUGCCGUUCCAGAUGACCUGGUGGUCUUUCGUUUUCCCCAACACGGCUCUUGUUACUGCUACCAGUGUCAUGGGUAAAAUAUUCGAUAGCGAUGGCCUGCAUAUAUUUGCCUCUGUCAUGACCGCUGCAAUCAUCAUCGUCUGGGCUCUUAUCUUUGUCCGAAUGUGUUGGAGUCUGAAAUCGAGGAAACUUCUCUGGCCAAAGGAUGGAAAAUAGGGCUUAUCAGAAUGAUUGCAGCCUGGCACCGUUUUUGUGCCAUUUUCCUUCGUCUCAUCAUAACAGUCUUAUUGAUUAAGAUUUCGGCAGGUCUAGUAUGCCGGAUAUAUCCAGGUCAGCAUA